AUGGAGACGGAUGUCGAUCCCAUAGCCAUUUUAAACCCUCAUGUGCCAGUCCUUGCGGCGUUCUUUGAUGGCCAGAAGGACCUCAUGCAGGACUACAGACUGGGGCGCCAGUCUCUGGAGGCCCUGCUGAGGAUCCUGCCAUCAAAGAACACACAAGGCUGGUCACAUGAGUCGACCGUCUGCAGACUGGUGCACACUGGAGUACAACAAAUUGCAGCCCUUCGCCAGGAGGUCAUCAAACUGCCCCCCCCUGGAGAACUGGAGGAGGUUGGCCAAGAGUUUGCAAGGCUGGCCAACAGCCCAGUAUUCUCCAGACCCCCCCCAGGACCUCUGGGCCAGGAUUACCUCAACAGAAAGCUCUUCCCAUCCAUACAAUUGCAGGCAGUGUGUGAUGGGAAGGGCUUCUUUCUCAACACCUUUGUUGGGUAUCCUGGCUCAGUCCAUGACACCAGAGUCCUGAAGAACAGCGCAAUUUACAAACAGGCUCUGUAUCCUCCCUCAGGAUUCUUCCUUUUGGGUGAUGGUGGCUACCCCUGCAUAGAAGGACCUGUGGCCCUCAUCACCCCAUAUAGAGAACCACUGCAAGGGAGGGUGCAGAGCCGCUUCAACCAGCAUCAUGCCAGGGCUCGCUCCAUCAUAGAGCGGGCCUUUGGCAGGAUGAAAAGCAGGUGGAGAUCGCUGUUCUUCAAGGCUCUGGAGGUCCACCACACCUUUGUCCCCUCAGUCAUCACCGCCUAUGCAGUGCUCCAUAACAUCUGCCUCACAGCGGGGGACAUCCUGGAGCCUGAAGAGGAUGUUGGGGACAUUGGUGUGGUUCCACCACGUCUGGUGAGGGGGGAUCGAGGCGGACAUGGCCAGCGAGACCGACUGGCAGGGCUGCUCUCUGCUCCAUGUGUGCAACCAGUUGAACUACAAGAACAUGAUUAUUUGUAGGACUUGGGGACACGAAGGCCUUGGACACCACACUGUGUGAAAAGCUGUGUGCCUUCAUUUGCGGUUUAUUGCGUUGUGAUGUUUAUAAUUUAACAAAUAAAGGAACAAUGUUUUGACAAACAAAGUGUAUCUCAAUGGAACAAUAACAACGUUGCAAAAACUUAGAAACAAAAUCAUUUAUUUACCAAUUUCUCAAAUAAAUCC